UGGUGAUAUCAUGGCUGAGGAUAGAAAGGCAAGCCUGAGGGCCAGUUCUGGUUGAAAGUUCAGUAUUGAAUAAGCAGUCAGUGACUCUACUUGUACUCGAAACCAUGGCGAGCCCAGCGAAGGAGAAUAACUACAGAAUGAAGAGCUACAAAAACAAGGCGCUGAACCCGGAGGAGAUGCGCCGCCGGAGAGAAGAGGAGGGGAUUCAGCUACGUAAACAGAAGCGGGAGCAGCAGCUCUUUAAAAGACGGAAUGUGGAGCUAAUAAAUGAAGAUGCUGCUAUGUUUGACAGCCCCCUUGUAGACUCUUUUGUCAGCUCCACAACAGGUGGGGAAGGUGUGAUCACAAGGGAGAUGGUGGAGAUGCUGUUCUCGGAGGACCCCGACCUUCAACUUGUGACCACACAGAGGUUCAGGAAACUACUUUCAAAAGAGCCCAAUCCUCCGAUAGAUGAAGUGAUAAGCACUCAGGGAGUGGUGGACAGAUUUGUUGAGUUCCUCAAAAAAAGUGAAAACAGCACAUUACAGUUUGAAGCUGCUUGGGCGUUAACAAACAUCGCCUCGGGCACCUCACUACAAACCAAAAUAGUAAUUGAGGCUGGAGCAGUCCCAAUCUUCAUCGAAUUGUUGAGCUCUGAUUUUGAAGACGUCCAGGAGCAGGCUGUUUGGGCUCUGGGGAACAUCGCUGGAGACAGUUCUUCGUGUCGCGAUUACGUCCUGAACUGUGGCAUCCUCCCUCCAUUGUUGCUGCUCCUGACAAAAUCUACCAGAUUGACGAUGACACGAAAUGCAGUCUGGGCUUUGUCAAACUUGUGCAGAGGGAAAAACCCACCGCCUGAAUUUGAGAAGGUGUCGUCCUGCUUGCCAGUCCUGUCCCGCUUACUCUUCAGCAGCGACUCUGACCUGCUGGCGGAUGCAUGCUGGGCUCUUUCCUAUCUUUCCGACGGCCCCAACGAGAAAAUCCAGGCAGUCAUCGACUCUGGAGUGUGUCGGCGACUAGUGGAGUUGCUGAUGCACAGCGAUUACAAAGUGGCUUCCCCAGCUUUGCGAGCUGUCGGCAACAUUGUGACCGGAGAUGAUAUUCAGACCCAGGUGAUCCUGAAUUGCUCUGCUUUGCCUUGCCUCCUUCAUUUACUCAGUAGCCCCAAAGAGUCGAUCCGGAAAGAAGCGUGCUGGACCAUCUCCAACGUCACAGCAGGGAACAGAGCUCAGAUCCAGGCAGUCAUAGAUGCCAAUAUUUUUCCUGUGCUGAUCGAGAUCUUACAGAAGGCUGAAUUCCGCACGAGGAAGGAAGCUGCUUGGGCCAUCACAAAUGCCACAUCAGGAGGAACUCCAGAACAGAUCAAGUACUUAGUGAACCUGGGUUGUAUCAAGCCUCUGUGUGACCUUCUGACCGUCAUGGAUUCCAAGAUCGUUCAAGUGGCCCUGAACGGCCUGGAGAACAUCUUGAGGCUCGGUGAGCAGGAGGCUAAGCAGAGCAGCACCGGCAUCAACCCCUACUGUAGCCUCAUUGAGGAAGCCUAUGGCUUGGAUAAAAUAGAGUUUCUCCAGAGCCAUGAAAACCAAGAGAUCUACCAGAAGGCCUUUGACCUGAUCGAGCACUACUUUGGCAUUGAGGACGACGACUCCACCUUGGCCCCCCAGGUAGAUGAGAACCAGCAGCAGUUCAUCUUCCAGCAACCAGAGGCCCCCAUGGAAGGCUUCCAGCUAUAACGCAGCUGCUCAGUACGAGGGGAAGAAACACCCACACUUGGCUGGAAAGUUCCCUGCAGAGAGCCUUCGUACCCCCGGCCCUGUUCUCUCUUCUCUGCCAAGCGGAAGGCAGUAGCGCCUGCCCACUCCACCUGCUGCGAAACGGCCGACACCUUCACCGACACCUGGCAGCGACGCUUUGCUCUCAUGAAGAAGAGAUGCUCUUACACACAGUAUAUAGAUAAUUUUAUUUUUUCUGCUGCUGCACAGGUGUGUCAAAAAGCAGGUGCUGAAGUGGACGAAAGGGGGAUGUCAAUCAGUUACACCUUCUAGUGUGUGGUUUUCCUCCUUUUUUAUUUUAUUUUUUGUGGUGGUGUUUUUCCUCAAACAUGACUCUUCGCUCGGGUACUUGAGAGAUGGUUCCCUGUCCCCCACCAUCCCCAGGGGCAAGAAAGCAAAGCAACACAUGUUAUAACCAAGGAAUCUAAUCCUGGUUGUUUGGGUUCAGCUAUUUAAAAAUUAAAAAAAUAUAUAUUUUUUUGCACAUCUUAAUUUUUAUUAUAGACUCUUCUGUAUCUGCCAAAAGCACCACUUUGGCCCUUUUGUUUUGUUUUUUCGGGGGACACCCUCUUGCUAAACAGCCCCUUUGAAGGGAUUGGGGCUGACCUGCUGCUGCUCUUCCCUCCCUCUCUCCUUCCCUUCCUCCUGUUAAGAAUAUUCCUGUACCAGAGAGUCAGGAAAAGUUGGACUUUGCUUUUCCACCCCACGUUGGGAAGACUAGGCUAGCCUUCACGGGAUUCUUUUUGAAUUACUUAAAGAGUUCAACCAGGUCAGCAUUUCCGACCAUCUCCAGUUCUAAGGGGGAAGGCAGAAGACAAAAAAAAAAA